AUGAGACUUACAUUCAUAAGAUCCAUAUCAUUUAAGAAUACGACAGGAUAUGUUGUUCCUCAGACAUAUAAACCAAAUCGUACUCUAAUUCAAAAACUUCCAUUUAAAUAUGCAUGUAAGGUUUGGUUAAGAUCAUUGAAACCAAAUCGUUUGGAAGAGGUUCAAUCUGAGUUAGUCGAACUAAUGAUCCCAACCAAGCAUCCUGAGAAUAAGGAUAUAAUACGUGAGUUUAAGCAAGUCAAAAUUUCUCGCGAUGACCAUUUGAAUGAAGUUGGAUUGAAGGUUAUAAAUGGAGAAGGAUUGAAAACUAAACAUAUUGUUUUCGUUCAUGGUUAUGGAGCAAGCUUGGGUUGUUUUGCUCGUAAUUUUCAACUCAUUAAUAAAUUUAAACAAAGUAAGAAAUAUAAUUAUCAUAUCCAUUUCUUGGAUAAUUUAACAUUUGGAUUAAGUUCAAAUCCUAAGAUUAAGAAUGAUAAGAUCAAUUAUUGGAAAAUUCCUCGUUGUGCAUCAAUCAGAAUGGUGGAUAAUGUCAAGACGGAUUCCAAAUCCCUUUAUAAGAAGUAUUAUAAGUUGAUCGAAGGAUAUAGAUUACAUCCGGAAAACUUUGAGGAAUAUAGAAGGCAUUUUACACCAAUUUUGAAAGAUUUAGAAGAUUUUUAUUGUGGUGCCAUUGAAGAAUGGAGAAAGGCAAGUGGAAUAGAAAAAAUUGAUUUCUUGGUUGGUCAUUCUUAUGGUGGAUAUUGGUCUGGUCUGUACUCAUUGAAAUAUCCAGACAGUUUAUCUAACUUAAUUUUGUUAUCACCUGUGGGUGUAGAACGUCAUGUCCAUGCAGUUACCAAUACUGAAAUUAGCACCGAGGUUGUAAAGCCAUCCUUAGAUCCAACUUCUUUCAAGUUCUUAACAAGAUUACCUAUUCUUUCGGCAAAGCAUGUUAAAAAUUGGUACAAUAAACAACCUUUCUUGCCUAGGAUUCUUCCUUUCCUUGGUCCCUGGGGAGUUCAGAAAUAUUUUGAGAUGUGGUUAAGUAAAUUAUUCAAAAUUAAUAAAUUGGUAGAUAAACAUGGUGGACCAAAUGUAAUUUUCAGUAAUAAUAAUGAUUUAAUCUAUGGGAAGAAAAAGGAAAUUGCCAAGCUUGUGGAGUAUUUAUUCAAUUCAAUAACACUGGGUACAAAUAGUGAUAUUUAUAUUAAGUAUUUGUUAACCCCAGCUACAGUGAGUAAAUGGCCAUUAUAUGAUAAAUUCACUCAUACAUUGCAACAAUCCCCUGAGAAACUUAAAUUCAAUAUUCAUUUAAUGUAUGGACAAUAUGAUUUUAUGAAUUCUGAAGCUGGCGCUAAAUUAAUUGAAAAGUUAAAUAAUGAAUUACCUUCAGGCACGAUUAAAGAAUAUUCUGAAAUCCCGGAAGGUGGACACAAUCUUUACAUUGAUAAUCCAUUUGAUACGAACCAAAAAAUCUAUGAAAUUGUCAUGAAUCAAGAGAAGGAAGUAUAG